ACUCCUUUACCCAGAAGCCCCAGCGGCGCCUCAACUUACAGAACUGGCUUCUUGGGGCUUCGGGAGUGUUUCCCAUUUAAACAAACAGUGCCGAAGAUGGCGGAGAGUUAAUGGUGUAAAGAAGAAAUUAUCGAUCCGGUAGAAAGAUACGUCCACAAGACUCGAUUGACCAGCCCACAUAGGACCAAACCCCCAGAGUGAGGGGUGGGGGGGCGAUCUGAUCGUCCAUCAUCUCGGUGCCGUCACAAGGUGCUGAUAUGUGUACACGAUGAGUGGAUUGGGGGAGAACUCCAUGGAGCCUCUGAGCUCAGAAAACCGAAAACGCAAACUCUCCACUUGCGACACGCCUGGUCUCGGGUGUGAGAGGAAACGGCGGGAGCAGGAGAGCAAAUACAUCGAGGAGCUGGCGGAACUGAUCUCAGCCAACCUCAGCGACAUCGACAGUUUCAAUGUCAAACCAGACAAAUGUGCCAUCCUCAAAGAGACGGUGCGCCAGAUCCGCCAGAUCAAAGAGCAGGGAAAAGCUUCGUCCAGCGAUGACGACGUUCAAAAAUCAGACGUGUCCUCAACAGGUCAGGGGGUCAUCGACAAGGACCAUCUGGGGCCGCUCCUGCUGCAGGCUCUGGACGGCUUCCUGUUUGUGGUGAACCGCGAAGGCAGCAUCGUGUUCGUGUCGGACAACGUGACGCAGUACCUGCAGUACAAACAGGAGGAGCUCAUCAACACCAGCGUGUACAACAUUCUCCAUGAGGACGACAGGGAGGAGUUCCACAAGAACCUGCCAAAGACCAACAUAAAUGGAGUGUCGUGGGGAAGCGAGGCAGCCCGACAGAAGAGUCACACCUUCACUUGCCGGAUGCUGGUCAAGUUUGGCCACGCCCACGGCCCCAUGGAGGAGGGGCCAGGAGGGCCACGCUACGAGACCAUGCAGUGUUUCGCUCUUACCCAGCCCAAGGCCAUGAUCGAGGAGGGGGAAGACCUUCAGUCAUGUAUGAUCUGUGUGGCCCGUCGAGUGACAGCCAUGGAGAGAACAGAGAGUUUCAAUACCCGGCAUGAGCUCUCAGGUAAACUGAUCCAGAUCGACCAGAACUCUCUGAGAGCGUCGAUGCGUCCGGGCUGGGAGGAUUUGUUGAGGCGUUGCAUUCAGAUGUUCCUUCAGCACAGUGACGGGCAACCCUGGUCGCACAAACGCCACUACCAUGAGGCCUUUCUGCAGGGUCAUGCUGAGACGCCCCUGUACCGCUUCUCUCUGUCCGACGGCACCCCAGUCACAGCCCAGACCAAGAGCAAACUGUACCGUCAUCCUAUGAGCAACGAGCCGCAAGGCUUCAUCUCCACUCACCUACUUCAGAGGGAACCAAACGGUUACCGCUCAGCUCAGGGUGCCAACAUGAUGCCUAACACUAUGAGACAACAGGGCAUGGGAGGACCCAACUCAAAUGCCCAAAUGAACAUGAACACCGGUGGAGGGAUGGGCAUGGGGGGCAUGGGCGGCAUGAACAGGGGCUUUGGCAUGAACGAGCAGGGCCACAUGGGUCACAUGGGUCCGAUGGGAGGCAGCUCUAUGUACGGAGGGAGCGGUGGAGGAGGAAGUGGAGGCAUGGGCAACCGCAUGAUGCAGAUGAAUCAGAUGGGGCAGAUGAAUCAAGUGGGGCAUAUGAAUCAGAUGGGUCCCAUGAAUCACCCGGGCCAAGGCAUGCAGCAGCAUCCACAGCAGCCCCCGUUUCAGAGCAGCGGUGGGUUUGGGCUAAGUGGCUUGAACAGUCCUUCCGGAAGCCCCCGAAUGGGCGGUCCCCAGCCAGGUCUCCUGAUGUCACCCCGUAACCGAGGGAGCCCAAAGAUGGGAGCCAACCAGUUCUCACCUGGAGGCAUACAUUCUCCCAUGAGUGGCAUUGGCAGUGGUGGAGGAGGCGGGGGGAGCACUACCACCUACUCCAGCAGCUCCCUAAAUGCCCUACAAGCCAUCAGUGAAGGAGUAGGGAGCUCCCUCCCCUCCACCCUAACAUCCCCGUCGCCAGCUCACAAACCAGACAGCUCUCCCAGCAUCCACUCCUCCUCCUCUUCCUCUCAGCCCAGUCAGCCAGCCAAACCAGGCCAAGAAGGCUCAAAAAGCCCAGUGGGAGGCUUAGGGCCUGGGUCCAGCGACCAUCACCACCCCAUGCACCAUCACCACCAUCAUCAGCAUCCUCAGGCUGAGAGUUCUGGAGACCGGCCAGACAGCCAGGCAGCUACAGCAACUAAAGAGUCUGGAGAGGGAAGCAAUGAGGCGGGGGUGGCGAGCACUGAACCCCCUCGGAGGGUGCCAGACGGUAAGGGGCAUAAGAAGUUGCUACAGUUGCUGACUUCACCAACUGAGGAGCUGGGAAUCGGCGGCAGCGGGCCAACAGGGCCCCCCAUACCACCCCCGCCAACCAGCAGCAGCACUCCUGCAGGCUCAGAGAGUAAGGACCCACCGGGAGGCAUGACUAGCCCCUCAUCUACUGGCGUCUCCUCCUCCUCUUCAGCCAGUGCCAAUCCAGGCCAGGCGAGCGGGCCAGGGGGCGUGUCAACAUCAAUAUCAUCAGCCCACUACACAGGCUCGCUGCAAGAAAAGCACAAGAUCCUCCACAAGCUUCUUCAAAAUGGCAAUACCCCAGAUGAGGUAGCUAAGAUCACAGCUGAGGCUACAGGAAAGGUGUCACUGGGGGGCCAGGAGGGCGCUGAGGUUGGAACAGGAGGAUCAGGGGCCGGGAGCGGACCUGGGUCGAUCACAGAGCCGAAGCAAGAGCAGCAUAGCCCCAAGAAGGAGAAGACCCAUGCCCUCCUCCACUACCUCCUCAACAAGGAUGAUUCCAAAGAGCCAGUGGAUGUCAAGCCCAAGCUCGAAGAGCUAGAUGGGAAGGGACCCCCAGGGGCCGCUGGCGGCCCUCCACGUAGUGCCCCCGGAUCUGGGCCUGCCCCUGCACCUGAACAUCCUGAGAGCAAGAUCAAGUCAGAGCCACCUGAUGAUUUGCACAACCUAGAGUCUAUCCUGGGAGAUCUGAGGGGUUCAAGCUCUGACUUUUACACGGAUCCGGCUGGAGGUGGAGGGGCAAAUGACACAGGAAACAAACCCCAGGGUUGCCUUGACGACAGCCUGCAGGGGAGUCCAGGUAUGGGUCCGGGACCUCGGGGGCCCUUCCAGAGGGCCAUGUCCUUGGACGGAAAGCCUCCUGGUGGGCCUGGAGGGGCAGGAAGACGCCCCAUGCUUAUCAAGCAGGAGAACAUGAUGGGCAGCCCAGAUGGCUAUCCGGGAAACAUGGGACCGAUGAAUAGGGGGAUGGUUCCCCAGAGGUCUCCUAUGGGGGGUUCAGGGGACUGGGGCAUGCCCCGCUCCAGUGCCAGCCCAGUGGGUUCAGCAGGACACCCCUCCAUGAUGCGCCCAGGCAUGGAGUACAACAAUGGCAAGGGCAUGAUGGCAGGACCCAUGGUCAGCCGCUCCAACAGUGUACCGGGCACCAGGUCUAUGCUGCAGCAACAGCUCAUGGAUAUGGGUGGCUCUGGUGACAUGGGUAUGGGUAUGAGCCCCUUCAGCCAGCAGGGCCAGCCCAAUCAGUCCCCCUCCUGGCCGGACUCUAUGAUGGGGAUGGAGGGCAACAGACGCCCGUUUGGCAACACUUUGGAUGAUCUUCUGGUGCCUCCCACCACCAGUGAGGGUCAGAGUGACGAGCGGGCGCUCCUGGACCAGCUGGACUCUCUGCUGAAUAAUACAGAUGGCAUCGCGCUGGAGGAGAUAGACCGAGCUCUGGGCAUCCCAGACCUCGUCAGCCAGAACCAGGGAGGAGAGCAGCAGAUGGAACCUUUCGCGGGGCAGGACUCGUCCAUGGUGCUGGACCAGAAGCCUCUCUACGGACAAGGCUAUCCCGGACCCCCUGCCAUGCCUAUGCAGUCUGGCUAUGGAGGGAACCCCAUGCAGGGACAGCCCCAACAAGGGGGGUUUGGGCCCAUGCUCUCUCAGAUGGGCCAAGGCGGCAGCUUCCCUGGUAUGGGUGGCAUGGGGGGCAUGGGUCACCCCCGUGCCAACAUGAUGAGACCCAGGAUGAUGAGUGCCAACAAGCCCAUGAGGCUCCAGCUGCAACAGAGGCUGCAGGGACAGCAGUUCAUGAAUCAGACGCGGCAGGGCAUGGGCAUGAAGAUGGAGAACCCGGGAGGCAACCCUGGCAUGAGGCCCGGCAUGCAGCCCGGCAUGGCAGGACAGCCGGGCUUCCUCAAUGCUCAGAUGAUGGCUCAGCGCAGCAGGGAGAUGGUCACCAUGCAGAUGAGGAGACAGCGCAUGAUGAUGCUGAUGCAACAGCAGCAGCAGCAGGCGGCCGCGGCUGCUGCUGCAGCGGCAGGAGGAUUCAGUCCCCCUCCGAACGUCACAGCUCCCGGUGGCAUGGACAACCCUAUGGGAGGGCCAAACAUGGGCCAGCCAGGCCCCCAGCAGUUCAGCUAUGGAGGGAGUUAUGGCAUGGGCCAGCAGGGAGACCCCUCAUUUGGCCCAUCAGGCGGCAGUCCUCCUAACGCCAUGAUGCCAGGCCGCAUGGGGCCUCAGAACCCCAUGAUGCAACAGCACCCACAGGGCGGUCCCAUGUACCAGGGCGCAGAUAUGAAAGGCUGGUCGCAAGGGGGCAUGGCACGCAACAGUUCGUACCCUCAGCAGCAGUUUGGACAACAGGGACCUCCAGGGCAGCAACAGUUUGGGCAGCAGGGGAAUCCAGGCCAGUAUGGGGGCAUGAUGAUGAAUGGGGGCAUGCCGGCCAGCGGAGGAGGAGGUCACAUGGGCCAGAUGGGAGGGCAAAUGGGCAUGAAUCCAAUGGUGAUGGGACGCAUGCCUAUGGGGCCUGAUCAGAAAUAUUGCUGAACAUCGUGACAGAAGCAUUUGUCUCACUGUGAUCUCCGCUCAGAGAUAGGACAUGGCUGCAGCACUGGAGUGUGUGGAGGACCCAUCGGUGUGUGUCUGCGUGUAGUGCUGCACUCCCACCAGACGGGGGAGUGAACUUCCUUUUGGACUCACGGCCAGUAAUGGCAGUCUGGCAACCUGAGGAAAACAGACAGACUGUCACAUACAUACAUGGAGACACACAGCGUUUAUAAAAAUCAGAAACACUGUGACACAUUUACACAUAAAUCAAGACAGAUAGACAGUUCUGUGAUUCCUCUCGUAGACUGUAGUUUAAUAUUCCUCUCUUUCUGAGCGGUGUGUGUGUGUGUGUGUGUGUGUGUGUGCCUCUGUAAACACACACACCACUUGCUGUGGACCAAACAGUGAAGGUGGACAGACGCUUGAGUAGAUCACAGACUUGAACAUGGGACGGACGUGUGAAGACAUCCUCUCCUUUGUCGAAUGUACCAUGAAGCUGUGUUCAGAUUUAAAAUGUCUUGUUUCUGAACUACGUGGGAUUUUUAUCCGCCAUCUCUCUGCUGCUCCUGGAGGAUCUCUGCAUACAGUAAACACGGUUCUAGAUGACGAGCCAUCAGAUUGUGACACUCAGAUGAAUGUCAUUAAGCAGUAGCACAUUGUUUCGCCCUCCAGGACGCCGCGGGGGCUAAAGUACGACUGAAUUACUUGUUGGCUGAUUGCACUUUAAGGAAAGGCCAACAUCAAAAGGAUUGUGGCAAUAUAGAGGCCUUUAUCCAAGAAUUAAUGCAUAGCAGCAGACAUUUACUGUUUAUUUUUUUGUGUGUGUGUGUGUGUGUGUGUGUGUGUGUGUGGGUGUGUGUUCUCCAAGUUUUCCUCUCUGAGAAAUGGGGGCUGUUGAUUGGAAAUGGGUAACCUUGAUGAUCUUUGUUCUAAAGCGGGAACCAGUAGAAAGGCAGCAAGCACAUAUUUUAAACCAACACUCUCGUCUACAGUGUACCGAUUUAUUAUAAGAAGAGAAAUGUACCGUUUUUAAGUCAUUUUAAAGUCACUCUUGAAACAAACAGACUUCUAUCAAUGUUCAAAAAUUCCACUUAUAUUUAUACGGAUUCACGAGGUGAUCAUUUUAUCAUUUCAGAGGUAAUUUUUAAAUCAAAAUGUUGCAGAUAUUUUGGUUACCUAACACCGAUUUACAGUGUUACAAGUGAAGAAAUAAAAUUGAUCGCCAGAUAUGAAAUUGAUGUCUGUAUUAGCGUACACUUUUAAGAAAAAGUGUGCGUGAGAUUUCAGUGUAGGUGUGCAGAUUUCUAGCAAUAAUCCUUCCUCCUGGUUUUCCUCUGAGGACAAAGCUGAAGCAUCAUUUACUCAAAGCGACGGUACUGCAGUAUUAGACAUGAUGUCUUGUUUGGAGCUUCUUCUUCUUUUUUUUUUUCUUUUUUUCUUUUGUCUGUGAAUAUGAAUUGUAAAUACGCUUCAAAUGUACUAUAUAUAAAUAUAUAUAAGCUUUUGUAGGUCACAUACUGUUUUUGCACAGAUUGUAAGGCUUGAUAUUUAAAAGUGUAAUUUUCUUAUUCCGUCAUAGGUCAGUUUUUAUUUUCAAUACUUUAACCAUUGGUUGGAAAGGAAGGGCCUCUUUUUUUUUGUAAGCAGUACGUGUAGAUUUUCUGUCAUACUGCCACUUUCAUUCUCUCAGAAAGCACUUUUUUAAUUUGUGAUCUUCAAAUCAUGAAUUUCUCCUUAUUUUCUGAGAACAUAGUCUUAGCUAAAGAGGUGCUAGUAAGUAAACAUGUAAUUUUUUAAAAAAUAAAUUAUUUUUCUUUCGACAAAUAAAGGAGGAAAAAAAAAAAGAACAUAAAAUAUGCCUAUACAAAAAGAGUUGACACAUGAUUGUGUUUGGCUUCUAGGGGCCCAGAUGUCUUACCAGUAUGUGGGUUGAUAUUUUCUGAACUGAACCUCAUGCUUCCAUGUGUGACUGUAAGUUUCUCUCCUGAGAUUUCUGUGCUUUGGGUUUUUGCUGAUUUGAUCCUUCAGCUAAGAUCGUUCAGCCUCAGAUAUGAGACUUUAGAAAUCAAUCCCACUGUAUAACUGUCCAUGAGUCUUUUUUUUUUUUUUUUUUGGUUUAUUAACAGAUGUUUAAUCUUGCUGGAAGCAACUCAAGCAGUUUGAAUCCCUAAUUGCCUGUCAUUCUUUAGACAGGUGACUUUUGUUUUCUUGACAUUUGCCUUUAUUUUUUGUCUUAUUUCCUGUGAAGCUUUUGUUGAGAAAUCUACCUUUGAAGACAUGCUCAAUCCAAAGAUUUUUGUUUGUCAUUCUGCAGUGCUUAGAAACAGUUCCUGACGUAGAUCGUGCAAGUACUCAUGUGUGCUUUUACUGUUGCACAUAACCUAUAAUAUACAUUGAACUAAAUAUGUUUAAUUGCAUAUAUUAUAUUCCCAUCUGUAUGACAUAGAGUAGAAAUGAGUCUGGUUCUGCUGAGGUGGUUUGAGUUUUGUUUGUGAUUGUUUCUUCCUUUCUGUAGAACUUAUGGCCAGUUGAAUUGUGGUGCUACAAACGCUUAUUUCACAAGAGAUUGUUAAGAUUUUCUAAGCUGGAAAGAAGGAUUCUUGAUUGAUGUCAUAAUGUCUCAGAAUAAUAGCUCGGAGUUGGGUUUUUUGUUUUUUUUUUUGUCUCCCCCAGUCUCAAUGAAGAAUAUACAAAAAAAAAUGUCUGUGCUUUGCUUUAAAGGAAAGAAAAGAGAAAACACAUCUGGGAAACAUACUGUCAUUAUUACAGGAUGUAAAAUACUAUUUCUUUUUUUUUCUUACCUUGUUUCUUGAUGUUAAUAUCGAUGUAAAUACAAAUUUAUAU